GGUUUUGUUUCUUCUACAACGGUGAGAGGGUUGCAGCUACUUCGUCUUCUUCGUUUCGUGCAUCGCGAACUUCUUCAAGAGAAAUGGCUUCCUCUUCCUCUGCUCUUUAUAGAAUCUCAAAUCUCCAGAAUCAUAUCUCUCCACUUGAUUCAAACAACAAGCUUAGGAGUCUGGUGAAGGUAUCUCCAGAAGUAUCUGAAGCCAUAUCCAACGGACGUGCUGUGGUCGCUCUUGAGUCAACCAUUAUCUCCCAUGGGAUGCCUUACCCUCAGAAUCUGCAAACAGCAAAAGAGGUUGAGUCAAUUGUGAGAGAGAAUGGAGCUGUCCCUGCCACAAUUGCUAUCUUGAACGGAGUUCCUUGCAUAGGUCUGAACGAAGAAGAGCUUGAACGUCUUGCAUCUCUAGGGAAAAGUGUCCAGAAGACUGCUGGCAGGGACAUAGCAUAUGUUGUGGCUACAAGAGGAAAUGGUGCAACUACAGUCUCUGCAACCUUGUUUUUCGCUUCAAUGGUUGGCAUCCAAGUGUUUGUAACCGGCGGAAUUGGAGGUGUGCAUAGGCAUGCUAACCAAUCUAUGGACAUAUCAUCUGAUCUUACUGCACUCGGAAGGACUCCUAUAGCUGUGAUAUCCGCAGGCGUUAAAUCCAUACUUGAUAUUCCGAAGACUCUUGAAUAUUUGGAAACUCAAGAAGUAUAUGUUGCUGCAUACAAGAGCGAUGAGUUUCCGGCAUUUUUCACUGAAAAAAGCGGUUGUAAGGCACCUUCUCGUGUAGAUAGCCCUGAAGAAUGUGCUCGAGUCAUAGAUGCAAACAAGAAGCUAAACCGUCAGGCAGGGAUUCUAUUGGCUGUUCCAAUUCCUAAACAGCAUUCAGCCGCUGGAAACCUUAUCGAAUCAGCAACACAGCGUGCUCUUACAGAAGCAAGGGAAAAAAACGUUACUGGAAAUGCAGAGACUCCGUUCUUGCUUGCACGGGUAAAUGAGUUAACUGGAGGCACUUCACUUGCAGCAAACAUUGCGCUUGUGAAAAACAAUGCCCUUAUCGGUUCGCAGAUUGCAGUAGCCCUUUCUCAGCUAAUGUGAUCUUCCUUAUCAAUCUCAAGCUCAGAUUCCGGUUCAUGAUUCAAGACAUCUCAAAAACGUUUUGGAUUGGUAGUUAUGGAGUGUUUUUUUAGUGUUGCGUAUCAAAGAUUUUUUUUCUUUAGGCCAGAAACUCUUUUCAGCAUAUUUUCACAUGAGCCGUUCAAAAAAAAAAAACAAGCAUAUUUUCACAUGUUAUAUAUAUAUAUAUUUAUAUCA